CACUUUCUGAAAUACCAAAAGUUAUCGUCAAUAAUAAAGUCAAUCAAUCUGAAUAGAUUAGAGUAAUCGCUUGUUUGAGUUACCUAGAGAGUAGAACGAAGAGAGAGUUUGUGUUUUAGACCAGGCUGUGAUUUCCAACUUACCUUACAUUCGCUUAUAAAGUUUGAAGCCAGCUCAAUUUACAAGGGAUUUUUACCCCGCGCAACCAACUUUUACGACACCACCAAGAUAACUAUCAACAAUCAGUGUUUUGCUUCAGAACUUCUUACAUUCGCUUAUAAAUAUUGAUACUACGUAUACUACGAUCGCUGAGAACAUUCAACCCAGAGUUUAUACCCCUACCUCCCCCUUACUUUCGCUAUUAACUAGAAAUUUACACACAUGCCCAUAUCAACAGAGUUACCAUUAGGCACGGAUCCAGGUCAGUUGAUACCUCCACCACUACCAAUAAGCGAUCAAUAUAUAAGCCCGAUUCCUGGCGAUACCAUGGUUAUGCCUAAUUUCGAAUCUCCAAAUACGACAGGUGAUGCAUUUCCACCAAGUCAUAACCAUAUUGAACUAACACCACAAAUAAUACAAGGUGGUACAUUUCAAACCCCUAACCCUAAUGAGAGUCAUAUGAUACUGCAACUGCAGGUGAUUUAUCACACUACAGAAUUUGCUGCCCCAUAUGAUACCCCAGUUGUGCAUUACCAAGAUAGUCAUCAAUAUCACACUCCCAAGAAAGUUUAUCCACCUGCAGCACCAAUGUCGGUACCAUUACCUAGUACAAGUUCCUGGGAUGGCCAAUCUCCCAUAAUGUCGAACUUUGCACCACUACGAGAAUCAACUGAGGCUAUUGGUCUUGGAUUAUCGAUUGAGCAGAGUCAAGUGGAUGAUGUAAAAUCAAGAUAUAUACAGCAAGUAAAACAACAGGAAUACCACCGGUUAUUAAUGGAAACACAAAACCAACUACAAGAGAGUCAUGUCACACAUCCAGAACACCUGGAAAUAAUCAAUGAUGGAAGAAUGGAACUACGUAAUGAAGUGAUAACUGCGCCAGUUUCUGACAUUGGUCAUUCCGAUGGUGACAAGUCAUUUGCCGGAGCUAGUCCAACUACUAUUGAUGCAGUUUCGUCUCAAUCGUCUCCAAAUGCCGUUAGUGAAAGUAUCACAGAAGAAGAGCGUUUAUUUAAUGAGAUCUCCACACCAUUGAAUAUUAAAAAUGAAGAUCUCUUGGGUCAAUUUGUAGAUUUGGAAUAUGGAUAUCCUUCAUCUAGCAGUGACUUGGAUCAAGUGAAAAAGAAUUUUGAAUUUACUGACUAUUUUGCCAUUGAAGACAAACCGAAACAUGAUGGUAAGUCCAAGAAGAAGAAAGCAGGACCAAGCACAAAAGUAACCAAGAAAACAUUAAAGAAAUCACCAUCAUUCACGGGGAAUUCUUCCUCGCCGACAUUUAUUGUAAAUCAACGUUGGAACAAAUCUCAUAGUGACAUUCAAACCAAGAAAUUGGAAGCCUAUUCCAAGGCCAAUCAAUUGUCUUUUAAUGAGUGCUCGCAAAAGAUCCCUUUAUUUGCAUUAAGUAGUCACUAUUCGUUUGUCUAUGAGAAUGUUGAUACAAUUAAUGACGGCGAGACUCAUUUAGCUCGGUCUAAAUCGAGUAACAAUGUUAUGAUUGAUCAUGCAAAUUUUGAAAAGAGUUCUUCAAAUCAACUUAAAUCUUUAGAAUCAGGAUUAAUUGAAUUUAAAGUUGAUUUAAAAGGAUCUAAAAAGUGAUGAGGUUUCUUCAAUUCUACGUUUUGUUGUUUAUGUUUCGAUAGUUAUGUUGUGAUUAUUUAGGAUUUUCGAUUUUAAUUAGGAAUAGGUUUUAUAUUAUUAGAUGUGAGUAUUUUUUUUUUUUCAGUACGUAUUUUUUAUACUAGUACACAAUUAUGGUGUAAGUUAUAAAUUAAAACGUAUAUUCAUGACAAACUAGACUAAUUUACAAAUCUUUAUCUCUUGGAACGUAGUUGACUUGAUUGAGUGGACCCUUUCUAUAUAAUCUGUUCCAAUGGAAUUUUCCUUCGGUAGCGUAAGCAAAAUAAGUCAAUCCCGCUGGAAUAAGACCAGCAAAUAUUAAUAUGGUAACGGAGUUUCUAGGAGUUAAUCGGAAUCUAGUACCUUGUGUUUCUUUAAGCUUGUUGAACUUUUCAAAUUCAAUAUCUGGAAUUAAUGUCUUAGCCAUGAUUUGUACUUGUAUUUGUAUGAACCCUUUACCG